AUGACGAAGGAAGAAGUUGGCGGCCUUUACGUCCCUGUGGAGGAUGUUGGUGCGGUGCAGUCCGCUCAAUCCGUUGGCCAUCUCCCGCGCAUAGCUGCAAAACUCCUCCUCGGUGAAGGGCCGCUUGGCCUUCCUCCUCUGCAUCAUCAACUGCAGGAAAUCGCCGCCCUCCGCGAAUUCAGUGACAGGCAGAGAUAUAGGUGGCAAUUGGAUGACUCCAGUACCGUGGCGGACAGCCUUGAUCCAAUAAUACAUGAAAUCUCCCAUGAUGAAGAGGUGGAUUAUCUGCGAUGCCAUGAACCAGUAUCCCACGUACUCCGACAGCAAACUCAUCGCCUUCUCCGUGUUCAGCUCAGCGUAGGUGAAGAUCCAGAAUAUUAUGAAAAGAAUGCGGGAAAUGCCCUGAGCAGCCACGAAGUGAGACUCCGGCAAGAAACAGGCCAAGGUAUCCCUCCCACCACGCAGGACAUCAAGAUCAAUCCUCAAAACCUCACCAAUACCUAUACCGAAGACAUCCUCAACUCCAUCCUGCCGCCCAGAGAGUACACCACCGAAAAACAGCAACUCUGGUAACUCACCUCCCAUGCAAUCCAGUCAGUAUCCGCCACCCCAGCCACCAAGCAGGAUGUGCUUGACCUGCAGGAGAAGCUGGACAAGCGUCUACAGCAGAGGCAGGCCCGCGAGACAGGCAUCUGCCCCAUCAGGGAGGAACUCUACAGUCAAUGCUUCGACGAACUCAUCAGACAAAUCACUAUUAAUUGCGCAGAACGCGGCCUCCUGCUCGUCCGAGUCCGUGAUUAGAUCCGUCAGUACCCCCUAUCUACGCAGACCAUCCAAUCCUACCAAACCCUCUACGAAUCUUCGAUAGCUUUCGGCAUGAGGCGAGCUCUGCAGGCCGAGCAGAAGAAGAAGGACAUGGAGAACAAGAUCAGUACUCUGAGGCAGACGAAGGAACUGGAGGAGCAGGUCCACGACUUGGAGCAGAAGAUUGCCGAUAUGGAGCUGAAGGAUAAGGAGCAGCAGGAGACCGACAGGCAGGCCCACAAGAACAAUGUGGAGGCACAGAAACGCACCAACCAAAUUUUGAAGGAGGAAUUGGAAAAAUUGCUACAGGGACCACAGGCAGCCGGCAAGAAAUGA